UCUCAGAACCACAGCCACUGGCAGAACUAUCCCAGCCCAUCUCUCUGCCCGCCCUGAGCCCAGCAGCAUCAUGGGGAACUGCCUGCACCCGGUGGCUGAUGACAGCUCUACUAAGUUGGUCCCUGAAGACAACGCGUGGAGUGAAUUUCUUGAGUCGUACGAAGAUGUGGAGUAUAACCUCACCGACGUGGAAGCCGCUGCGCCCUGCCACUCCUGUACCCUGUUUGACCACUCCUCACUGCCGUUCUUCAUCCUCGUCAGUGUCCUGGGCAUCCUGGCUAGUGGUGCUGUCCUCUACGCGCUUCUCAGACCUCUGUUGCGCUGGCAGGUGUGCCAGGACCGGUCUAUCCUGGUGCAGUUGGCUGUGGGCAGCACUCUCUUCAGCAUCAUGGUCCCCAUCCUGGCGCGGGGGCUAAGCGGGGCCUUCAUCACCUCCCUGUGCCACCCAGCCCGCCUGGUCUCCUAUGGCUCAGCCUUCGCCCAAGCUCUGAUGAUAGGGUGUCGUGCCUGCCUGGGCCCCAAACUGGGUGCAAGCCAGGCCCCAGGCCUCAGGCUGGGGAUCAGUGUGGGACUUUGGGGAGUGGCUGCCCUAUUGUCACUGCCAAUCACUCUGGGCAGUGACACUUCCCAAGGACUCUGCACCGUGACCUUCAGCGGGGAAUGGGAAAUUUUGCGGUACAUACACGCUGCAGCCUGUUUUGCCAUCUUCAUCGUGUUGCCACUGGGUUUGUUGGGAGCCAAGGGGCUGAAGAAGGCCUUGGGCAGGGGGCCAUGUCCCUGGAUUGAUAUCCUAUGGGUCUGGUUCAUUUUCUGGUGGCCCCAGGGCAUAGUUCUGGUAUUGGACUCCCUUGUAAGGUCCAGGGCUGUGAUGGUAUCAACAUGUCUGGCCCAGCAGGCCCUGGACGUGCUGUUGGACCUGGCAGAAGCCGUGGCAAUAGUGCACUGUGUGAUUACACCCCUGCUCCUCGCCCGGGUCUGCUACCAGGCCACUCACGCGUCCCUGUCCUCCCCGCCUCUCUCGGCAAUACAGUCUCACCCAGACACCCUUGGAAGCAAAUCCUAGCUCUCUUCCCACCUGUCAACCUGAAUUAAAGUC